GCCACAACCACAACGCCGCGCGCAAUGGCACCGCUAUAUAUAUAAGAAUUAAGAAGCACCUCCCAUAGCAGGCAGCAACAGCGAGUGAUCCGCACUAGUCACUGCAGGAACCACCGUCGUCGGAGCGCAGGGAGAAAUGGCAAUGAGGCCGCUGGUCGUGCUCGCCCUGGCCGUGGCAGUGGCACUCGCCGGCGUGGCGCUGGGGGAGGGGGCCGGCGAGUGCGGGAGGUCGUCCCCGGACCGGAUGGCCCUGCGCAUGGCCCCGUGCAUUUCGGCGGCGGUGGACGAGCCGGACUCGGCGCCCUCCAGCAGCUGCUGCUCGGCGGUGCACACCAUCGGCUUCGACAACAGCUGCCUGUGCGCCGUCAUGCUGUCCGGCACCGCCAGGAUGGCCGGGAUCAAGCCCGAGGUCGCCAUCACCAUCCCCAAGCGCUGCAACAUGGCCGACCGCCCCGUCGGCUACAAGUGCGGAGAUUACACGCUGCCUUGAUGGCCCAGCCGCUCUGGUGUUAAAUUAAACAAGGAAUUCUUUCAUAACCGAGUGCUGCAUGCAUGUACCACUUAUGUGGGGCACUAGGGACUCCAUCUCCAUGGAGGUGCCAUCAUGUGAUGUGUGCUUGAGGAAAUAUGUCUCUUUCCAUAAGCAUGUAAUAAUGUUUCGUCUGUGUUAACGUGAACAAACGUCUCUCUGCGAUUUCUGUUGUCAUAUAUACAAACUAGCGACGCGGCGUGAAUGCCUCGUUUAUAUUUCAAAUAUGUACUUCAACUCCGAGAUCCAAUGAUAUGCAGACUUCCCUCAUCAUCGUUUUAUGUUUAUGUUUUUAGUUUUUUUUUUUAUGAAAGGGACACUCUUUCACAAUGGACACUCAUUUGCCAUUUGUAAGGGACCUACAAUUUGGCCACCUUCACAAGUGGCGCCCUAAUGUGAUAGUGUUCAGAAAUUCGAAUUGCCAGUUGAGGUCCCCUGCCUAGGUGUGAGCCCCGUAAUUGACACUCCACGCAAUUUAAUUGCUUCGUGUGCUUACACCACCCUACCAAGUAAUGACAGAAAGACCUGCAAAGAAUCUCUAAAAAGGUGGUUUUGUUAAAUGUCAAGUGCCUGGAAGAAAAAAUUGGGGCCAGUCAAAUUUGAAUGAUACCAAAGGCAGGGGCAAUGUGAGGAGCGCAACGAGCAUCGACCUUGGUGAGACCGAGCUAAUACGUCACCAAAGACUGGGACGACAACAAGGAAGCAGGACAACGCCCACCUACGUUGGGGGCGGAGGCAGGCAGAUGGGGCAAUGCAAAGGUCGGCAGUUGCACAGGAAGAAGAAAGAGGUUGGAGAUGACAAGUGUGAUGCAAUUGUUACAAUAAUUAAACAGGCCAAAAAUUCAAAUGACACAAAAAUAACCAGUUAACUGAUAAAGAGGCGCUCCCAAAAAAGGCAUGCAAAGAAUCAACUAAAAAGUGUUCUUGUUUGUGCAAAGAGGGAAAGCAAAGACCACAAAUUGAGGAGCCUUUCAGUUGAAAGGGAACUUUGGAAUAACCUAGUGAUCCAUGAUUGGUUGUUCAAAAAGUGGCCUCAAAGUUCAAACACGCGGAGCAUGCAUUGCUUGUCCAGAAAAGUUUAAUAUAUACAGCAUACAACUCCCCAGCUACCCAUGGUACAUUUUCAGUGCAACCACCCAUAUCACUCCCUUCAGAAUCAUGUUGCUGCCUGAUACUGCAGAAUAGACAUCCAGAAAAAAAAAGACACGAGCAGGAUCCGCAAUCGUAUAUGCAAAACUAAACGUCGCACGUAGAGAGAAGAAUGUUGCGAGGAAAAGUAUACGUUGUUAUCCACAAGAUGCACCCAUGGUAAACCUCAACAAGUUUCAUGUUCAUAGAAACAAUAUACAGAUCAUUCCAUUUCUCAGAUUGAAGAUCGUGCAUCUAAACUCACGUAUCAGCAGUUAAACAUUAUGCCCUGAAUAUCCAGAAAUACUCUCAGCGGUGGAUGGAUCACCGUAUAGAGACUCUGAUGACGAGGCCAACUGCACUGGACAACUGGAGAGCUUCC